GAUUGACAGCUCAGGCCAGUUGCCUAAAUGCUGCUUCCGGUGAUGUGGCCCUGAGGGUGGUACUUACCCUCUCCCUCCUUCGGUUCUCUCAGCUGCUCGAGAAGAAUGCCCUAACCAUCCAGCUCAGUGAUACUAGCCAGAGACUCCAUGAGACACAGCACCACUACAGUGAGCUCUUCAAAUGCUGUGCUGUCCUGGAGAAGCAGGUGCAGGAGCUGCAGGUGGUGUCACAAAAUGUAGAUGCUACUCUAGGAGCACCCCUGGAAAAUGAUGGAACUUGUAAGAAGAAUGAUUCUGAGGCCACAAGGGAGCCACACCCAAGUGUUCCUGAGGCCCAGCAGGAACUAUAUAAUACUCAGCAAGAAGUGAGCGAGUUAAAGAAGCUGCUGGAAGAAGAACGCAACCGAAGACUGAGCACUGAAAAUAGACUCUCCCUGGCCGAGGAACAGAUUAAAUGGCUGACGCAGAGAGAAAGGGAAUCGGCCCGGACUCCUAUCACUGGUGCCUAUGGCUCUCAGGAAACAACUGUUUUAAUAGAUAUCCCAGGCAUCAGCUGUCAAGUGACUCGGAGUCAUGCUGGGUGUAAGCGGGUUCUGUGUUCACUAUGCCGUUCCCGGACCCAAAUGCCAGUGUUUGCAGCCAUCUACUUCCUGUUGGUCCAUGUCCUUUUCAUCCUCUGUAUCACAGGUUAUCUGUGAACUUGACUCUCAGAACCUUUAAUUCAUUUGUAUCUAACAUAAGAAUUGUUUGUUCCAGAAAGCCUUCCCACUUUUUUUUUUUCCUACCCCUAUUUCCUUGGAAAAUUCUUGUGACCACAAAGGUAGAAGUGAGGACAGUUUGGAGCUGCAAACCUGGUGUAGCCUAUUUGUAUCCUGAAUGUUCCAACACAGGGGUCCUGAGACCGUGCGGGAGCAUCACCGCUUCUACUGAGCCACCACACUAUUGUGCGGGUGUGAAUUCUGUCUUCAAUACCAUUGUCCCCUGCCUCUGGGAACAGGGCUAAGGCAAUGGAAAGAGAAGGCAAAACACCUGAAUCCAGACCUGAGAGCAGCGGUCACGAGUGGCUCCCACUGUGCCUGUCUCCCCUGCCAGCCACUGGUUUUGUCAUUAUGGACAUGAUGUGUUCCCUUCCUGUACCCAUCAUCUGAGGAAGGGCGAAGACUGAUUGACCCACCAACUCUUUGUUUCACAUUGAUUAAAUUUUAGUCACAACAUCCCAAGGACUUCCGGAACUCCUGUAAAAUAAAAUAAUAAAAUUAUUUUCAGAAUAA